AUGGCUCUAGCCUCUCCAGUCCUAAGCAAGGCUGGAGAUGGCGAUUGGGCAGGACCUUAUGCUAAAGCAAUCGCCGCCCUGCCGCGAUUGUCACAGCAAGACAAGAUCAAUAUGGUUACCGGUUAUAGUCGGGAUGAGAGCUGCACCGGGUUGACACGGGUAGUUCCUUCUAUUGGGUACCCGGCUCUCUGUCUCCAGGAUGGCCCUCUCAAUGCGACAGUCUUUCCGGCUGGGAUCCAGGCGGCCAGCACAUGGGAUACGUCGCUGAUCUAUUCGAGAGGGUUUGCUCUCGGCACCGAGUCAAAAGCGGCCGGCGUCCAUGUCCUCCUCGGGCCAGCGGGUGGUCCUCUUGGGAAGAUUCCAGCCGGAGGUCGGAAUUGGGAAGGAUUCUCCCCUGAUCCUUACCUAACAGGCAUCGCAAUGGCAAACACCAUUAACGGUAUGCAAGCAGCUGGGGUUCAAGCUUGCGCAAAACAUGUCAUUGGCAAUGAACAAGAGAAAAAUCGGCACACAAUCAGCUCGAACAUCGACGAUCGGACAAAUCAUGAGCUCUAUCUCUGGCCUUUUGCUGACGCCAUUAAAGCUAACGUCAGCUCAAUCAUGUGUUCGUACAACUUGGUCAAUCGCACUCAUGCUUGUGAAAAUAAGCUGCUGCUGCAGGGCCUGCUAAAGGACGAGCUUGACUUUCAAGGAUAUAUUGUGAGCGACUGGGGUGCGCAGCACUCUACAGCCGAGAGCGCCAAUGCCGGGUUAGAUAUGGCCUUCCCUUUCCCAACUGAUGACCCAGUAUACUGGGGCGGAUAUAGCAACAAUGUCUCUCAAAGCCGUCUUGAUGACAUGGUCACACGUAUCUUGGCCGGAUGGUAUUUAGUGGGCCAAGACAGUGGCUACCCUCCUUCGAACGGCUCUGUGCCGAAUGACCACAAGAUGUUGGCAAGGAAAAUAGCGCGAGACGGCAUCGUUCUUCUGAAGAAUGAUAACAACACACUACCUCUGAAGAAAUCCGACAGGUUGGCGAUAAUCGGGGCAAAUACCACCGCGGACACAGUGUAUCAAGGUGGCGGCUCGGGAGCUGCGGAAGCUCCACAACUCGUGGCUCCACUUGAUGCAAUAAUGAAAGCAGGCACGGUUGUUGCGAACUCGACUAGCAAUGACCCAAGCAACGGCGCUUCGGCGGCAAACGCAGCAGCGACGGCGGUGGUAUUUCUCAGCUCUUAUUCAGCCGAAGAGUUUGAUGGAGGCGACCGAUCUAAUUUAAACCCUGAUAGGAGCGGCAACGAACUUGUGGAAGCGGUCAACAAAACUGGAAAGCCUACGAUCGUCGUGAUCCAUAGCGUUGGGCCACUAAUUCUCGAACCCAUCCUGGCACUUCGUAACGUGGUUGCCAUUAUUUGGGCCGGCCUUCUAGGACAGGAGUCCGGAAAUGCGCUGGUCGACGUACUCUAUGGGGAUUCAACGCCGUCUGGAAAGCUCCCUUACACGAUUGCGACGAAGGAGGCCGACUACGGGACUGCCAUCACCAACGAAGCCAGUGACGAUUUCCGGGAGGGACUCUAUAUUGAUUACAGACACUUUGACAAAGAAGGCCUGGAGCCAAGAUAUGCGUUCGGGUAUGGUCUUUGUAAGUCAUACACCACAUUCGACUAUGCCGACCUUACUGCGUUUCUGAUAGAGGAACCCGCUACGAAUACGCUUGCUCCUGGCGGCAACACGAGCCUUUACGACACCAUCGCUAAUGUGUCUGUGACGAUCAAGAAUACCGGCAACCGUGUCGGUGCCGAAGUAGCUCAACUCUACGUCGGCCUCCCUCCUUCGGUGCCAGAUACGCCGGCCAAGCAGCUUCGCGGCUUCAGGAAGAGAAGCUUCCAACCCGGCGAGCAUGGGACAGUUACGUUUGAACUGAGGAGGAAGGACCUGAGCUACUGGAAUGUAACAUCCCAGGAAUGGGUCAUGCCCAGUGGAGUGUUCAAUAUCUCUGUUGGUGCAAGCUCGCGCGACAUAAGGUUAACAAAUACCAUAACUAUCGACUAA